UAAGUAUAUUAAAUAAAUAAUGAAAUAAAAAAAUAGCUAUAUUUAUUGUAACAAAAAGUUUUACAAGAGUGUUGUGUACGAUAAUAGCUGUGGUAGUUAAACAACCGAUUCAUAUUAAAAGUCUCACUUAAUUAAAAUAUUUUUUCGCCCUAUUAGAAAGGGAUAUAUAGCUUCUGUACUUGAUAUCUCGCUUGGCUCGCUUUCGCGGCUGGGAGUGCUCUGUAUAUAGUACAGUACUAAGUCUAUUCCAAACACUGAGCAUACGUAUUUGGUCUGUGGAUGCAGACUUGUUAGCAUUGACCAUAAAAAUACGCAUCUGUCAAAUAAAUUCAUAAACUUCAUCAGCGUCAGCCUGCCUGAUAAAGUUCGCAAUAUGAAUAACCUAUAUUUGAUUUGAUUAAUUUGAUUUUCCUUUUGGACUUAAUUAUUUUUAUAUAGGUUAUGAUUUGUUCAUAUUUAAAUUUGUUUUAAUUUUCAUUAAACAGAUUUUUAUAUUAGAGUCGGUGCUUCAUUCGUAUUGUUGGAAUAUUGGCGUCAGCGAGGACAUUAACAACAAGUAUGUUGUAAAAAUCCCAGUAACAAAGUAAUAUAAUAUUUUGAUCACUCUUUUUUUUUUUAUUUAACUAACAUAUUUUAUCAAAAGGUAUAGAGAAUUAUUAGAAUGCGCGGAUCUUUGCCGUGGUGUAAUAUUUACCACGUGAGAAAUGGUUGACUGAAAUGUAUCUAUUAAGUCGUGGUUCAAAUCCACGUUCUUUCACAUUUUAUAUUUUAUUGUAUAAAUUCCUUUUUUUUUGUAUUAAAGUUAAGAAUUAUUUAUUAGGAUAGAUCAACUAUUAUUUAAGUUAAUAACAUAUGUUUUAAAAUACCUAUCAGAAAUUAUUCUUCACUUUAAACCUAAGUGUAUAAGAAAAAAAACUUAUUUUUCUGUUAAUAUUUUGUUACAGCACAGUAUUUAAAUCUUUAUUAUAGAAAAAUAUUAUCAAAAUUUUUUUUUCAAAUGAAUUCUAAAAUUUCAAAACGGCGCAAACAUGCAACUGCUAGGAAAACACAUAAUAAUAAUGAAGAUGAAGCUGAAGUAUUUGUUUUACCACCAAAUCUUCUGGAAAAGUUGGGUAUUCAGUUGGGUAAUAUUCAGCCAACCCAGGAAUACCCAACUCGGUUUAAUAAAUCAGAUAUAAAUUCAGCGAAAACCAAACACAAAAAUAAAGCAGAUGAUAAUGAUACUGAAAAUCUUCAUUUGAACUAUAACUCAAUAAUUCAAAAAGACAACUCAAUUUUGAAGACUGCUAGUUUGAUGAAAGAGUCUGUGUUCUUAAGUCCAACAUUUGUUCCUACUUUGUCAGACGUUAUUGCUGGUGAAGUUGAAAUAGCAAACACAUCUGGGCAGCCUACUAGUAAUGGCGAGUUAAAUAUUGAACAUAAUAAGAAUUUGGGUGAUCUUGUUCGUAUACAGGAAAAUAUUGAUGAUGAUAAUGAAAAUGGCACUUUAGACUUUCCUCAGAGACAACUUCAGACAAAUCAAAAAAAGAUGGUAACUUUACAAAAACAAGAAGAAAUUUUUAAACAGGAUCUUUCUUGUUUAGAAGCUGCAAUCACUGAAUCUGUUAAUCUGGUUAUCACUGCGGAAAAACUGAAUGAAUAUCCAGUAUCUCCAAUUGUGUUUUCUAAUGAAUUUACUGAUGUAGAGAAAACGAAUGACAUUGAAAAAGUUAAACACCCAUUAUCGAAGAUAUCUGAAGACAAUCUGGCCUCGAAAAAUUUUGAAUGUGACAAACAUGAAGGUGCAGACAUUGAAGAUAAUGAAAAAAUUACGCUGGAAGAUUUGAAACUCAAGGACUCCAUACAUUAUGAUACAUUAUUGACUAAUGAAAUUGAAUGUCUUGAUUCAUUAGAUAAUUUCUUAAUUUCCCAGAAUUUAGAAUCAGGAGCUAGCUCUAGUGAAGCAAUAACUGGGUCGACAUUUUUGACAAAUCAAGAAGAAUCAAAAAACAAAGUAAAAAUUUUAUCACAACAAAUUGUGGACUACAAAACAAUUCUUGAUUGCGAUACUAGCCAUUUGAAUAAAAAUAAAUUGAUUCCUGUUACCAUAGACACAAUAAUUUCAACAAGAAAAGACACUAAUUUGUCACUAUUACAAAGUAACGAGAUAACGUCACCUCCAAAUUCAUAUACACUUGAACAGCAACAAAAAGCAUCUAAUUGUUCCAAAGAAAUAUCACCAAUAAACAAUAAUGGAUGCUUAACGGAAGGUUUUGCUGGUAAAGACAUAGCCUUUAUUCAAGUAUUACAUAAAAAAUCGUUGUCAUCAUUGAAUGUGCCUGGUGAAAAAAGUGAUUGUAGUGAUACUACCGAUUUCGAAACCAUAGAAAAAGUAUGUAGCAGUGCUGUUAGUGUUAAUGGUGAUAUUGAUUAUAAGUCGCUUAAUUAUCACAAUGAACCGAAAGAACAUUCUGAAACAUGUGUUUUAAAUAAUUGUAAUGAAGUGACAGAUACUAUAAAUGAUAAAAAUAAAACUGUGCUGUCUAUUAAUAAUAACACAAUAUCAGAGUUUAAUAUGCCUGUAGCCAAUUCUGUGGUAAACGCCUAUAAUAUUAACAAUGUAGAAAUACACGAAAACGAUGAUUUUGAGCAGCAUAUGGAUGUAGACACUGAAAUUGAUGAGCAUCAUAUUAAAAAUGCCUCCAAAGACAAGAACUCUGAUGAAACUCAUAUUGAUCUCAAUAGUCAUAUAACAACUAUUAUACAAGAGAAAGAAAUAAUAGAAAAUAUUUGUAUACCAUCUGUACUAGUAAAAGAAAAAGGAAAUCAUGCAAUAAAUGGACGGACUCAAUUGAAGAAUUGUGUUCAAGGUGUAGAAAAGCCUGGUGGAAGUGGUUUGGUGACGUUUUCAAUCAACACUAUGGGAUUGAAGACUUAUCACAGAGAAAAAAAAGUUUCCAAAAUACUUCAGCAUAAUGUGGGAAAUGAAAUAGUGUCUACUAAUGAAAGUAACAUUACAUUAAAAGAAGUUAGAGUCUUAGGAUUUGAUGAUAGUAUUCAAGACUAUUGUUUGUGCAAUGAUUUUGGUCAGUUAAAUAUUUAUGAUCAUGAUGAUGCAUAUGAGCAUAUCCAUUUCUGGGAAACUAAAAGUGUUUGUAAUGAUCCUGAGAUGAUUUUCGAUAUAUAUUAUGAGAACACAGAUGUAUUUGCUCAUCAGCGUAGCACUCAAUAUGACUUAUUAAAUAUUAAAGAGGUGGAUGACAAGGAAAUAACUCCUAUUUGCUGGAAAGUUAUCUCGAAAGAAAUUGUUGGUAAAAAUGUACAUUGCAAGGAUACAACAGAUAAUCAAGUUAAAGAGACUUUGUUAGACUCUGAACCAUUAGAUUUUUGUUCAUUUUGUAAUGAUUUUUCAAAAAAUAAAAAAGAACGACAUUCCUCUUCUUGUUCGAGAAACAAUGUAAUUAUCAAUGAUAUAAUUACCAAAAAAGAUAAGUCGUUCACGGACUCAGUCGAAAUAGUAUCUGAUUUAGUGACUCCUUCUAACAGUAAUAAAAAUGAAGUAGCCGCUAAUUUAGUUGUACCAGAUGUAUUAAAUGACGAAGAUUUGGAAGAGUCAAUUACAGUAAUACAACUAAUAAAUGAUGAAGAUUUCAAUGAAAUGACUUUGGACGAUAAUAUUGAUCGGAUUGAAACAAAACUUUUACAGUCUUCUUCUAUAAUAUCUCAAGUUAAUAAUGUUGUUACUGAGGUGAUAUUUGACGAAAAUAAUGAUAUAAAUAUACCUGUUAUUACAAAAAUAGAAGAAAAUAAAAAUAUCACACAGCAUAUUUCAACAUAUCCUGAGGCACAUUGUAAAAAUGAUAAACAAGCAAGCAAUUCAAGUGUUGUUGUUCAAGUUAACCAAAUUACUCAAAUAAACUCUAACUUUAAUAACCAAAAUUAUGCAUCUCCAAAUGAAAAAAAUGAAGUAACCGCUAAAGAAGACGCACUAGAUACAUUAAAUAACGAGGACUUGGAUGAUUCACUUACAGUAAUACAAUUGAUAAAUGAUGAGGAAUUAAAUGAAAUGCUUUUGGACGAAAUAGUUGGUCAAACAAAAACGACACUAUUGCCGUCUUCUUCUCCGAUAUCUGAAGAUAAACAUACAGUUCCUGAAGCAAAUACUAGUAUAAAUAUACAUGUUAAUAUCAAAACAGAACAAAAUAAAAAUAUCACUCAACAUUAUUCAAAAUGUCCAGAGUUACAUCAUAAAAAUGAUAAACAAGCAAAUAAUUCAAGUGUUUUUGAACAAGUUUACCAAACUUCGCAAACAAUGCCUAACCACAUUACCCAAAGUCAUGCAUCUCUAAAUGAAAAUAAUAAUGUUCGUAGGCCAGUAUUAAACUGUAAUAGAAAUAAAAGUUGUACUGAGGUGAAUGAUGAAACACACACUGAAAUUGUGCCUAAACUGACUGUGGAGGCUGAAGAAUCUUCAAUUUCGGAAAAAAGAAAACUUGCAUAUGUUGCAGCAUUAGGAGAACCCGAGGCAAAGAGAAAGAGGCUGAAGAGUUGUCAAACAAAAUUCUCAUCAAAAAUGGAUGAACCGCCGUCUAAUAAAAAAGUGGAAUGCGGUGUAUGUUACCAAUCGAUAGCAGACGCCCAUUGGAAAGAUCACGCUGCCCAGUGUCACAACUGUGUCGCCUGGAUAAAGGGGCAAAAUAUUGAUUUCGAUAAUGAAGAUUUUGUGGAAGAGUUGAAUCAACGGUUAAAUGAAAAAAAAAUAUUAGAAUGUCAUUUUUGUUGUUUUAAAAUAAAUCAUCUUGCCACAUUCAUAUUACAUAUUAAGAACUGCCAAAAGUUGAAGAGUAUAUUGUUGCUGUCAAAAAGAGUCAGCGCCAGAAAUUUAUCACCUGAUCAAAUCAACGAGAAAGGAGGGGUUACAAAAAAAAAUAAAUCUAUAAAAUGUGGACGUUGUAAACAAAUUGUUGAUUUUAUGCUUUGGCCUGAACAUGUCCGAGGACACAAUUAUUUGACUUGGAAAGAAGGAGAGCCUGUUUUGAACUUGGAAGACGAGGCAAAAGUGCGUCAGCAUCUGUUAAUAAUGUCGGAUCGAUUACGUGGAUUGAGUUGCAAGAAAUGUGGUUUAGUACGUAAACAGCCGAAGUCGUUUUUACAUCACGUGAAUAACUGUAAUACUAAUAUUCUGGAUAGUAAUGAUACAGAUUGUGCUAACACAAGUUCUACAUCAGCCGAUGUUACUUUGGAUGCAAGUGUAGUUGAUUCAAUUAAAUCCGAUUCUAUUGAUCAAACUGAAAUUCAGGAACCCACUAGAGAGUUUCCAAAUGAGAGUAUUUAUCCAGCCGAAUCCACGUCGACAAAAUGUGGAGUUUGCAAGGAAGUUGUAGAUCUUGAGCGUUGGAUUGACCAUGCGCGAGGACAUGACUAUUUGACUUGGAAAGAGGGAGAGCCUGUAAUAGAGUUGGACGAUGAAGAUCAAGUGCGACGUCACUUGACGUUAAUAUCGAAAGAAAUAGGUGGUUUGACUUGUAACAAAUGUGGUAUCGUCCGUAAACAAGCCAAAAGGUUUUUAGACCACGUGGGCGAAUGUGGGGAUGAUGAACAGAUGUCGUUAUUAGAUACAGAUUGUGCGAAUAGUAGUUUGACGUCAGCAGAUGUCACCUUGGAUUCAAGUAAAGUUGAUUCGGUAGAUUUGAAGACUCGAUCAAGUCGUACUAAAAAGACAACUGCUGAACAGUUUCUAACAAAAGUUACCUGUGGUGUUUGUAAAAAGCAAGUCGACGGCGAUCGAUGGUCUUUCCACAUUAGGGUGGAACAUAAUUAUUUAGCGUGGAAAAUUGAAGAAACGCCUCUUGAUUUGGAAGACGAAGAUAUGGUGCGUGAUCAUUUGAAGGCGAUUUCUAAUCGUGAAGACGGAUUAGUCUGUAAUAAAUGCGAUGUGAAGAAGAAAUACCCUAAAGUAUUUUUAGAUCACGUGCGUUUUUGCAUAGGAGAUAUACUAAAAGCAAAUGACAGGCGUAAUAUUUCAUUAAACGGUGAUGCUACCUUAGAUUCUUCUGAAGUAGCCAGUGACGGGAGUCGACGGGAAAGUGCCGAUUAUAUUAGACCAAGCAGACGGAGGAAACGGGCACGUAUUAGUUCUUUAUCCGAUGAUAGUGAAGAGGUUGUCAGCAAAAAGACUCGUUUAGAUGUUCCAGAAUGUGAGGUAGUUAAGUGCGGGGUUUGUAAAUUGGACAUACAAGAAUCGACGUGGACGACACAUAUUGGAGGGACUCACAAUUAUUUAGCGUGGAAGGAUGGAGAUCAGCCUCUAAAUUUAGAAGACGAUGAAGCAGUAUUGAAUCAUUUAGUAAAUCUCACUCAAUCUGUAAAAAAACUAACUUGUUUCAAAUGCAAGUAUAGUGGAAAAAAGGCAAGGGAAUUUUUAGAGCAUAUAAAACAGUGCAAUUUAGAGAACGUCGUUGUUAAGAACGCAACAACAUCGGAUACUAAAAAUGUAACAUGUGGAGUUUGUAAAAAUGAAUUGAAAAUUAAUCAAUGGAAUAAACACAUUAGAGAACAACAUAAUUACUUAGCAUGGAUGGAAGGAGAUGCCCCUUUAGAUUUGGAAGAUUUUGAUGCUGUGCGUGAUUAUUUGAAGGCAAUUUCCAAACGUGAAGGCGGCCUGUCCUGCAUUAAAUGUAACGUGAAGAAGAAAUACCCUAAAUUAUUUUUAGACCACGUUCGAUAUUGCAGUGGAGUAGUAAGUGUUUCAAAAUAUCUAGAUUUCAAUUUUAUCACAAGUCAUUUAGGAAAUUAA